AUGCACGAUCGCGUCAGGGAGCAGCGCCGGCUAGGAUUUGGGCUAGCAUCAACGUCAGCUCCAGCCAAUGACGACGAGGUCGCACCUGCAGCUUCUGGAGCCUCCACUGGGACAGCAAUAUCGGUGUCGGAACAACGCGCCGGAAGGCUGCUCAGCCCGCUGCUCUCCCCCAGCACCAACCCCUGCGUGACUCCACCCUAA